AUGACAGGAAUCACUAAUGGCAGCAAAUCGUCAGAUUCUGUCUCUCCCAAGCGUUUCAUGGCCGAUGUGAUCAUCAUUCAGGUGCUGGUGGGCAUCUUCUUAUACAUCAACGGCCUCAUGAUCUUCACUUUCUUCAUGAAGGAGGCCUUUCGCACCGAUACUCGCUAUAUCCUUUUUGCCCACAUGCUCUUUGUGGAUUCCUCUGUGAUGGUGGCGACAAACCUGGCUGUGCUGUUUAUGCACUAUGCUGUGGUAAUCCCCUUUGAGGCCUGUAUAGUGCUCAACCUGAUCAUGAUCUGGUUGGAAUUCUGCACACCUCUGACCUUGGUGGCCAUGUGCCUGGAGCGCUAUGUGGCUGUGUGUAAGCCCCUGAGGCAUGCUGCCAUCUCCACGCCGAGGAUUAGAGUGGUAGGCCUGCUCCUCAUUUGGGGGCUGGGCUGUGUACCUGCCCUCGUCAUCCUCCUUUCCUGCGCAGCCUUGGUCUCAGUUAAGCAGCUCACCGUGAGAGUCUUGUGCUCCUUGAAUGCGCUGAUUGUAAUUGAGUGGCAGAGGUACCUCCAAAUUGCUGUAUUCAAGUUCUAUUUCUUGCUUAUGUCCAUGGUCAUUGCCUUCACAUACGUCAAGGUGGCUGCAGCUGCUCGGUCUGCCUCUGGUGAAGACAGCAAGUCGAGUGCCAAAGGCACAAGGACAGUGGCUCUCCAUGCCAUCCAGCUACUCCUUUGCCUCAUACAGCUACUUACACCUUGGUUGGAGAUGGCUGUGUUACAGAUCAGUGUGGUGAUCUACGCCAAAAUCCGCAUUGUCAAUUUUGUUGUCUUCAUGAUAGCUCCACGGUGCCUGAGCCCAUUGAUCUAUGGUUUGAGGGACCAGAAUUUCUUCCAGGCAUUGAAACACUUUGCUAUUUUUGGCCUGAAUAAGAAGAUUCAACCAGGUGCCUCUCGUUUAGUUCCAAAGACUUGGCACUGA